AAAAAAAGACAAAAAUGUAAAAGCCUUAUACUGUUGUCACGGAUUCACAAGGUACACAAAGAUGGUUCGCUGCUGUUCUUGCCUUUUUUUCAAGGAUAUUUGAUUCAUCCAUUGGAUCCUUAUCUACCGAUUAGCUUUGAACCAUAUCUACAACGAUUUGUUUACAACGACUGUUCAAUCCUCAAUUUCAACAACUCUGAGCUCCGCCAAAUGUACUCAAGACAUAUUCCUGAUAUACAGUCAAUGAAGGCUAGCAUAAACACUACCCGAUUUAAGCGCUUCCUUCGGAUUUCAAUUCCAGGUCGUACGAGGAACCUGUGGUAUCGUCUUUUGCACAACAAAAUCUCCAGCAAGACAAUUACCGCCUUUAUCCUGCAAUUGCCAGGUGAUAAGUGUUUAUACUUGGAUGUAAUUGAUUUGAACGUUGAUCAUUACCAAUUAUUAGAUACAUACCUUCGUCUCAAUAGCUUUGAAAUUCUUUCUUCCGUCUUCUCCUCUAUUUGGAAUACCUACUGGCGUCAUUAUUCUGAUCCUUGCUUUUACGAUGGUCAAGUUAUACUCGACGAAGCCAUCAAAACAAUACGAAAACUAUCUGCUUACAAAUACUUGUAAAUUCUGCCUUUUUGAGACAAGUCACUGCUUCUUGCAAUUGUUCUCUUUUAAAUAUAUACCCCUAUUCGAUGAGUUUAAUUAAAUAAAUC